CUGAAAUGUUAAGCAAAUUAACAAGAAUUUCUCGUUUUAGACCUUUUUUUGCAUUUUGCAAUUAAAAGCCUCCCUAAGGUAAUCAUAAUUGUGAAGAAAGGCUUUGAAAAAUUUCAGAGAAAAUCCAGACAAUAGCCAGCGCCUAAAGAAUAGAAAAUAGAAAAUUCAUAGGAAGAAAAAAAGGAAGAGUAGACUCAAGAAAAUUAGUAAACAAAAAAGUAGGAGGAGAAAAUUCAAAGGGAAAGACCUGAAGAGCCACAAUUUGAACAACCAAAAUAAGAUUAGCAAUAAAAAACAAAUGAGCGAUUUUCAUAGGAAUAAUUCUAAUUUACUAAGCGAGACAACACAAAUAAUUUUGGAUAGAAGCCAAAACCCACAGGACCAAUAUAAGAUGUAUAAAAUAAAUAGUAAAAUAGCCUAAUGAUCCAUUUAAGCAAUAUUUGUUCAUGUUUUUGGCCUCUGCCCCUCUAGCUUACUUGUUAUAUAAAGUCUAUGAAGAAGGAGAAAACCACAUAUCAUUUAAUGAAUUUCAAAGGGAUUAUUUGGAAAAGCAAUUAGUGAAUUCGAUACAGGUUCAAAAAAUAAAUGGGGAGACCAUUGCCAUAAUAUACACAAUAGAAGGAAAGAAGAAGUUAAAAAUUACAGACUUGGACUUCUUCUUACAAAGGAUUGAUGAUUUGAAAAAUGAAAAGCAAUAUGAAUAAUCCAUACCCAUAUCCUUUUAGAAUUAAGAUGAGGCUCAAGAAACUACAGCAAAUAUUACUAAAUAUGCCCAAUUAUUAUUUUACGGUGGAUUAUUCUUUAUAAUGUUCCAAUUUUAUAAGAAAAUGACAAAAAGUCUUUCAGGAAUGGCUGGUGAUAUGAUGGGGGGUAUGACUAAAAUGAAAUCAAAAUAAUUUGAAUAGAAGAUUAAAAUAAAAUUCAAGGAUGUCGCAGGUUAAGAAGAAGCAAAAGGAGAAAUAAAAGAAUUUGUAGAUUUCUUAAAAGCCCCAAAGAAAUAUAAGAAAUUAGGAGCCAGAAUUCCAAGAGGAGCUCUAUUAACAGGACCUCCUGGAACUGGAAAAACCUUAUUAGCCAAAGCUUGUGCAGGUGAGGCAGGAGUACCAUUUUUCUAUGUGAGUGGAUCAGAAUUUGUUGAAAUGUAUGUUGGUUUGGGAGCAGCAAGAGUACGUGAACUUUUCAAAUAAGCUAAAUCUAAAGCUCCAAGUAUUGUAUUUAUUGACGAAAUUGAUGCUGUGGGAAAGAAGAGAAAUUCGAAGGGAGCUAAGAAUGAGGAAAGGGACAAUACUUUAAAUUAACUUUUAGUAGAAAUGGAUGGUUUUGGAACUGAUAGCACUGUGGUUGUAUUGGCUGCCACCAAUAUGAGAGAUUCUUUGGAUCCAGCAUUGACUAGACCUGGAAGAUUCGAUAGAAGUAUUGAAAUCACAUUGCCUGAUAUCAAUGGAAGAAAGGAGAUAUUUUUAGUGCAUUUGAAACCGAUUAAAUUGGAUCCCUCUAAAACAAUAGAAGAGUAUGCAAAACGGUAUUUAUCUUAAGCAACAAUUUAUAGAUUAGCAACAUUGACUCCUGGGUUUUCAGGUGCAGAAAUAGCAAAUCUUUGUAAUGAAGCUGCCAUAUUAGCUGCUAGGUAGAAUAGUACUUAUGUUACAUCAUCUCAUUUUGAGUAAGCAUCUGAAAGAGUGAUGGCUGGAUUAGAGAAGAAGAAAUUCAUGAGCGAGGAAGAAAGAAAAGUAGUUGCUUUUCAUGAGAGUGGUCAUGCUGUGGUGAGUUGGUUCUUAGCUGGUGGAGAUCCAUUAUUAAAAGUAUGAUUUCUUUAAUAUCAAGCUUACCAUUAUUCCAAGAUCUAAGGGAUCUCUAGGUUAUGCUUAAUACCUACCAAAUGAGAGCAAUCUCCAAACUAUGGAAGAGUUGUAAGACAAGAUUUGUUGUGUUUUGGGUGGUAGAGUAUCUGAGAAAUAUUUCUUUUAAUCCAUCACUACUGGUGCUAGUGAUGAUCUCAAAAGGGCUUAUGACUAUGCUAAUGCCAUUAUUACUAAGUUUGGAAUGAAUGAAACUGUUGGAUAUAUCGGAUAUUAAGAGGAUCAAUAUUCUAAAGAUUAUAGUGAUAAAACCAAUGAAGUAAUUUACUUGUUCUAUUUCAUAGAUAAUAGAUGAAGAAAUGUAAAAGCUUAUAAAACAAUGCACUUAAAGAACUGAAGAAAUAGUGAAAAAAUAUGAAGAUAAAAUUAAGGCUCUUGCUGAAUUACUAUUAGAAAAGGAAUCCUUAGACUUAUAAUAAAUAAUCAAUUUGUUGGGGGAAAGACCUUUUCCACCAAAAUCAAAUUAUAAGGCAUAUUUGGAUUUAAAGAAAGUUGAAUAAGCUGAGAUUAAAAAUGAAGAGGCAAAAGAGAAAGAUUAAAGUACCGAGGACAAUCAAAGUUAAUCAUCUGACAAUCAAACUGAAAGCAAUGAGUAAGGAAAGCAAUUAAAUCAAAAGGAGUGA